GUGCCGUGCGUCUCCUUGGAAACAGAGGAGCAUCCGCCGUGGUGCCGGGAGACCCGCCCCUGCCGCUCCAGCAACACUUGCGGGCCUGGGGGAGUCCCUAGUCAGACACGCUGCUGGUCUCAGCCUCCACCCGGACCCCACGCGGAGCAUCUCUGUGACCCAGGGAGUCGGCGGGCGCUUUCUGCGCGUGGUGCCAGGAGGGCAGCGCCGACGCGGGCGCAAUCCAGGAGGAGAGGCAGGACAGGGCUCUUUCGCCCCCGGGAAAGCCCGAAGACGCUGGCCCUGGGACCCUCGCCCGCAGGGUCCUUGUCCCGCCGAUUCUUCUGGGCUUCCCUCGAUUCUGUCCGCGCCCUCUGCCCGGGUCUUCUUUCCUCACGUCGGCUCCCAGUCCCUCUUCGGAGCUUCAGCUUCCCUCGGCUCCUCCCCGCCCCUCCGGGGACAUCUCCCCCUCCACACCUCCUCCCCACUCCGAAGGCCGGGCUGGACGCCACCCAGAGCCGCCACAGCCCGCUUCUGCCACUCAAUGGAGGACGGUCUGCUGGAGAUCAUGACCAAGGACGGCGGCGACAUGCCGGCGCCUCUGGAGGUGUCCACCGUGCCCGCGGUGGGGGAUGUGAUCUCCGGAGAGUACAACGGCGGUAUGAAGGAACUGAUGGAGCACCUGAAGGCCCAGCUGCAGGCCCUGUUUGAGGAUGUGAGGGCCAUGCGAGGGGCCCUGGACGAGCAGGCCUCGCACAUCCAGGUGCUCUCGGACGACGUGUGCGCCAACCAGCGGGCCAUCGUCUCCAUGUGCCAGAUUAUGACCACGGCGCCCCGCCAGGGCGGUUUGGGCGUGGUCGGUGGCAAGGGUAGCUUCCCGGGUGCCCCCCAAGAGCCAGUGACCCCUUCGCCUGGGAUCGGGGACGGCGGCUUGCUGGGUCGCGAUCCCGAGGAUGAGGAGGACGACGACGAUGAAGUGGAGGAGAAAGAGAUGCCCAGCCCCGCCACACCCACCAGUCACUGUGAGCGCUCUAAGAGCCCCUGUGCUGGUCUCCUUGGGGAUGACGGGCCACUUGUGGAGCCCCUCGACCUGCCUGACAUUACUCUACUGCAGCUGGAGGGCGAGGCCUCCCUGUGAGGGGACUCCGCAGGGGCACUAACUUCCCGGGCUGGCUUUGGGUUUUUGAGAGCAUGACGCGAGAGGACUGAACAGCGCGCUGCAGCACGCUUCACAUCGACAGCUGCUUUUAUGGGUCAGGAAGAGAGAGACUCCUUCAAGGAAGUAUUUGUAGGGUGAAGGACUUGGGGAGCACCAAGAAUUAUUCUUGCCCAACAAAGCGUCAUGGCAAAAUGCGGGAAGGUGAGGUUCCGGGAGAGAAAGUGCCCAUCUCUGGACUCCCAUACAAAACCCUUCCCUGCCCUUUCCCCCAGGACCCCAGGCAACAGGAGAACCCCUGAAUUAUGUAAAUAAAAUUCUGCUUUUUCUAUUCUGAAAAGGACUUACUUAGGACUAUGGCAAAUAAUAUCUAAUGAUUUAACCUAGAAAUUAAGGAAUUGGGGUAUUCUGUUCUGGCAACAGGAAAUUUACCCUUCUGCUGAAAUCCAAGAUAUUCAGCGCUCUGCAGAAGCCUCUCCCCCUCACAGAUCUCUGCAGCUGCUGAUUGGUAAAGGAAGCUUAGGAGGGAACUGCAGCCCUAGGAAUCUGGGUGAAUGGGGUUCCAAGGGCCUGGGGCUGGGAGGAGCUGGCUAUGAAUGUGCAUGAAGACACAAUAGCUCAACCUCUAGGAUUUUGCAUGCAGAGUGGAUCCUGCCUUGUCACUGACUUCAUCUGGGAUUGCUUUUCCACUCGCUGGGGCUUAGAAAACAAAGAGCCCAGUUCACAGGCAGAGACUUGGGGGUGCUCAGCAACAGUCCAGAUUUAGGGGACAUUUGAGGACCUCUUGGGCGCUGCAGCCAAAAACUCUCUCCUGGCUACACCUACUUAAUUUCAGUUUCCUUUUCUGUCAAUAUAUCCCUGCCCCCACCUCUUGGUGUUGCCUUCAUAAUGUCUUGUGUGUGUUAUGUGCGUCAACUUACGUAGUAUAGUGUGUGAGCCCUGAGGGGCAGGGCUGGUGGCUCUGGUGUUAGGUUCAGGGGGCUUCAGACCCUUCUGUAAGCCCCAAGCUAUCAUGGCGCUUUUCCCUUCCCUCCUUCUUUCUGUUCCCCCUCCCCAACCAGGGCAUGGAGCAUGCGGCUGUCCUGAGUUCCUUCACUGAUGUGCCUCCCUCCUACCUUCUGAAGUGGUGACUUUGUGUGCCCUUCUCCCUCCUUUGUGUAUUCCUUCUCAAUGCUUUCCUUGGUGUUAACCUUAAUAAAAAGGCGUCAUCUCCCC